AUGGCGAUCCCGGCGGUCAGACUGACGGAGCUGAUGUCUGAGGCGAGCGAAAACGCGGCGAAGCUGCCGGUGGCAUUAAUCUCGUGCGGCGUCGCCCUAGCCGCGGCAGCGCUGUCACUCCUCAUCUUCAAGGUUCCCGGGGGCAUCUUGCUCCGCCUGCAUGGUAGUGCGCCCGUGCUCCUGUUCUACGGCAGCCUCGUAGCCGUAGCCACCUUUGGGCUCGUCGAGGCGUCCUUCGGUUACUGGCUGAGGCCGCGCGAUCACGACGACUGGCGCGCCGUCGUUGGCAAGGCCAUGCUGUGGUUUUCCAUCUUGCCUCUCGUGUUCGUGGUUGCUUUAGGAGGGGCCGUGUCUCUGAAAUAG